AUGGAAGAACGACAAUGCAAGCGAGCAAAAUUCACUGAAGCUUCGAGUUCGUCCACCUCUAUGAUUGGAAAAAAUAACUACGUAUUCUUGAACUUUAGAGGUCCCGAUACUUGCAAUGGCUUCAUCGAUCACCUCUACCAUAGACUCCGAGAUGUGGGCCUGCCGUUCCAUCCAAACUUCGUGUUCAAAGAUGAUGAGAACCUCUGCCUUGGUGAGCCAAUUGCUGAAAAUCUUCUUAGUGCAAUCAAGCACUCUAAGGUUUCAAUUCCAGUUAUCUCGAAAAAUUAUGCUGCUAGCGAAUGGUGCCUCCGCGAACUCAUUCAUAUUAUGGAGUGCAAGGAAAGUAGAGGACAAAUAGUCUUGCCUGUGCUUUACAAGGUGAAAUCCAAGGAUGUGAAACACAUGCAGGGGAAAUUUGGAGAAGCCUUCAAAUCCAGUAUGGAUCGUUUUGAUGAGGAGAUUAAACAACAAGGGCCGGAAGCGCUCAAAACAGCACUUACUCUUAGAGUAUACGAAUCAGGCAAAUUUGCUAAUGGGUACGUGGUUUACCUUGUUUUAACAUAUCCUUGCCGGAAGAAGAAUUUUUCUAUAAAUCAUCCUUAA